AUGGCAGCAGCAGAGAACAGUAACAACACGGCUUCAACGUCGAGAUCGAGUUCGACGGCGGAUUCGUAUAUAGGGAGCUUGAUUAGUUUGACGUCAAAGAGUGAAAUCAGAUACGAGGGUAUUCUUUACAAUAUCAACACUGACGAGUCCAGUAUUGGAUUGAAAAACGGUUUGUGUGAAUCAUGCAUUAAAGCGCAAAUUUAUUAUGCUUGUAACAUACAAUGCUGUGAAAUGUUAGGUUAUAGAGUGCUUUUGUGCACAAUAGUUACUGCACAUGUGCGGUCGUUUGGUACAGAAGGGCGGAAAAAAGAUGGUCCACAAAUCCCUCCCAGUGAUAAAGUUUAUGAAUACAUAUUGUUCCGUGGAAGUGACAUCAAGGACUUACAGGUUAAGUCUUCUCCACCAGUUCAGUCUGCCCCACCUAUAAACAAUGACCCAGCAAUCAUACAGUCUCACUAUCCUCGCCCAGUCGCCACCUCCACCAGCUUGCCUUCUGUUGUUAGUGGGUCUAUGACUGAUCUUGGAUCCCACAAUGGGUCAGGGGGCUUAGGAACGUGGGGAGCUUCACCUCCUCCUCCAAAUGCAAAUGGCAGUGGCCUUGCUAUGCCGAUGUAUUGGCAAGGUUACUACGGCCCCCCAAAUGGGCUUCCGCAUUUACACCAACAAUCUUUGCUUCGACCGCCACCUGGACUGGUAAUGCCUCCUUCCAUGCAGCAACCAAUGCAAUACCCCAAUUUCAAUCCUUCUUUACCCACUGGAGCCUCUAAUUUACCUGGUCCAAACUUGCCAACUUCAAACUUGCCAGUUUCAUCCCAGCCACCUUUAAACUUGCCGGUUUCAACCUUGCCAGCUUCCUUGCCAGAUGUUCUACCUCCUCUACUUACUGGCUUCACUAGUUCCCUUAAUUUCACACCCCAUUCCUCAGUGCCAUCAACUUUGCCUUCAAAUGUAACCCUAAUACCCUCUGCCUCUCUGCCUUCUGAAACAUUACCAAGUUUGAUGGCUAAUAAAGUUCCUAGUUCUGCACUUUCUGGAACCAAUUUAGGCGCUAGUUUGCCAGUGCUAUCUCCUUUGACAACUUCCAGCCCAGAUUUAAACAUCAUUGUACCACCAAUCUCCAACAAGCCUAGUUCAAUUUCUGGCCCAACAACGCCUUAUCAAAGCACGGCCCAGUCUGCAUCCUCUGGUGUUUUGGCAUCCAGUUCUCUUCGCACAGAAACAUCAACACCAGUUCCUUCUUUGGUAACCCCUGGCCAGCUAUUGCAGUCAGGAUCAACAAUAGUUCCUUCUCCUCAGCCUGUGCAAACAGCCGAUAAAGAUGUGGAGGUUGUUAAUGUAUCAUCAUUAGCAGCACCAGCACCAGCACCAGAACCAUCAGCGCCAGUUGCCACAGAAGCUCAGCCGCCCAUACUCCCAUUGCCUGUUUCUUCAAGGGCUAGCCAUAAGCAUGCCAAUUAUCUUUAUAAGCUCCACAGUGGAUACAUGUAUGUAACCAAGUCCACUCUGAAGUUUCUAGUUAUGUUUGUUGUUUUGGAGGGUGAUGUCAAUGCAUUUAUCUUGCAAAUGGUUUUCAGUAGGCUAGGUCCAAAUGGAGCUACUUUUCAUGCUCGUCAUGGUUACCGUGGACGUGAAAGAGGAAGAGGAUCUGGGAGUUCACGACCAGUGACAAAAUUCACUGAGGAUUUUGAUUUUAUGGCAAUGAAUGAAAAGUUCAAGAAGGAUGAAGUUUGGGGUCACCUUGGCAAGAAUAACAAAUCUCAUUUGAAGGAUAGAGAAGAUGGAAAUGUCAGCGGUGAAGAUGAUUCUCAAGAUGAAGAUGAGGAUGAACCAGCUAAGGUUGAGCCUGUUUAUAACAAGGAUGACUUUUUUGAUACCAUCUCAUGUAAUGCGCUUGAUCAAUCGCAAAAUGGAAGGACUAGAUUCUCAGAGCAGAUGAAAUUAGACACAGAGACAUUUGGUGACUUUUCAAGGUAUCGGGGAGGACGAGGUGGUCGUGGUCCUCCACGUGGUGGUCGUUCUCGUGGAUCUUAUUAUGGAAGGGGUUAUGGGUAUGGCUAUGUUGGGAGGGGCCGGGGCUGGGGCGCACCUAAUCGUGCUUCUUAG